ACUGAACCAAAGCGCGCAACUCUGAUGCAUAGCAUCGAUGCUUGCAUACUUAUUCGUAGCGUUGCCAGACUUCGUGAUUCUUUUUUUCAUCCUUCAUCCGGGCAAACAUAAGACAAGACAAGGCUUGGCUUAAGAUUAAUUUGUGUAUACAAAAGCGCAAAGUACGUUAAUUAAAGCAAUGGAUGUCGCUGCUUUAGUAGCGCCACACGCUACUCACGAUAAAAGGCAGCCAUUACAGCCAGCGGACGCGGCUCCAGCUCCGGUAGCGGCGCCAACAACAACAACAAACGAAAAUGGUGUACAAACAGCAAUAAAAAAAACUGAAACACAAACGGAGACUGCGAAAGAAAUGCAUGCGAAUGUGGAAACUGAAAAGCCGAAAAAUGAGAUGGCGCCGCUAGAGAAAGUAUUGAUUACCAUAUGCAGUGCCGAUCGCAAAACCAAGAAGACAUUCAUGUCCUUGCCAAGCCGCAAAGAUGUUAUAGAAAAAGCUCACAAAUACGGCUUAACCGGCAACACCAUUGUGCUGGAGAGCAAUGGCUGUGAGAUAUGCGAAGAUGAGGUGUUGCUCUUUGCAGCCAAAGAGAAGAUCUUACUUAUGUUGCUAGCGGAGAACGAUGAGUACAUUAUACUACCUCCGCCCUCGCCACUGAAUCGUUCGGAUCGUGCUGGCAGCGGCUUUGAUGCUAGCUUUGUUAACGACUCAACAGUGUCAAACGACGAGACACUCUCGUUGGCCAGCGUUACGCCAAGCCAUGGCAAAAACACUUCCGCACAUUUUAAAGAUUUUGUGAUACCUUGGAGUAAGGUACCCAAUGAAAUUAUGAAGCACUUGCGCGGCAAGACAAGCUUGGGUAAGCGUCUUAAUACACUGGCCAAUCUGCUAGUAGAUUCACUACGUGAACGUCAUGCACACAUACCCAUACGUGUGUUCCGUGAGGUAGCACAAUUGGCGGCAGAAAAGUAUCCCGAGUCGCUGCUGGAGAAGGAUCGUGAGGGUCAACAGAUAGCUACAACACCGCAGUCGCUCAUCUCCAAAAUGAUAAACCGUAACAAUGCGUUGAAUCGUCCACAAAAGCGUUCCAGCUCCACAUCCCUUGACACACAUGCAAACAACAGCGCCAAGAAACGUAAAUCGAUUCAAGGUGCUGUUGCUUCUAAUGGCAGUGCCAAGUCUGCCGCAGUAAAUCGCGAUCUAGAGGAGAAGAAGCAACAGCUUAUUGCCAGCUAUCGUGGCAACGCCGAUCUGGAGGCAGCCACCAUAGCGGAGCAUAUGAAAGAAUGCUUUCCGCUGCAGCGUGCUUUCUUUAACAACAGCGAGAAGAUACCCGACAUUAAUGCCAUCAAGGAUAAUUGGCCGUAUAUAUUUAGGAAGCAGCACCUCUAUCAGCACUUUGAGCUGCUAAUGUCAAUUGAUCCACGUUUGUUGGAAAAGCAUUUUUCUAGUGAACGCGAACGCAUCUUUAAGUUUUUUAAGAGCUCCAAGAACAAAAAGAUUAGCGCCUUGGAGGAGAACAAUGCGAAUGUAGUGCGUGGCUUAGCCUACCAUUUCAAUGAGGAUCCCGACUAUAUAUUUAAGCAGCUGGAGAAUGGACCUUUGCCAAAGGAUGUGCUGCAGCACAUGAAUCCUACCAAUGCGCCCUGGGUGGCGCUAGUCAACACACCUGAUGCUGACGCUUCAGCUGCCAAGACCGAAGCUCUAGUAUAUAUCGAGGGUAAAAUAAUGUCCACAUUUACGGCCACGGAUGUUGAUUUGCCGGAUAUACUGGCACAGCUGCUUUGCUACUAUUAUACCUUCAACAUGAUGUACCCCAAGGAGGCCAAUCAAACACUCGAAUUUAUUGUCAUUUAUUUUCUACAAAACACGCCGGAACAAGCGCGCAACUCCAAAAAGAGCGUAAGCUCCAACAGUAAAUACAAUCAGCUUAUUGCGAAAUUAGCCAAUGCGAAUGGCUGAGGAUCAGAGGCAGCUGCAGCUAAAGCUGGGGAGAGAGCGACAACAUCUAUUUAGUUUAUCAUAUUUAUUUUUGCAGACAUUAUACAUUUAUACUCUUACUAUUCCUAAGCUGAACUUUACAUACAGUGUGUAGUACUUAGUUUUUUGUGUAUACAUUUCUGAUUUGUCCCAAAAAAUUCUUAUUUACGGAA